UUUAUCUCUGCAGAACAGUUAACAAAAAAUGUGGAAGGCCACCACCGGUAUUCAAAUCCAGGCUGACAACACUGCCGAAGACGAUGACUGGGAAACUGAUCCAGAUUUUAUAAACGAUGUCAGUGAACAGGAACAAAGAUGGGGAUCGAAAACAAUAGAAGGCAGUGGUCGUACUGCAGGUGCAAUAGACAUGGAAAAACUGCGGGCUGAAACGGAACAGGCCGAUCAAGCUAAAAAGAAAAAAGAACUGGAAGAAAUCAACCCAGGUUAUGGCUAUGGUGGAAAAUAUGGCGUGCAAACUGAUCGUGUUGAUAAAUCUGCAGCCGGUUGGGAUCAUAUAGAAAAAGUAGAAAAACAUGCAUCGCAAAAAGAUUACGCUAAGGGCUUUGGUGGUAAAUUUGGUGUUCAACAGGAUCGUGUGGAUAAAUCUGCCGCUGGUUGGGAUCAUAUCGAAAAAGUGGAAAAGCAUGCGUCGCAAAAAGACUACGCCAAGGGCUUCGGUGGUAAAUUCGGUGUGCAGGAAGAUCGUAAAGAUGUUUCUGCUGUUGGUUGGGAUUAUCGGGAGGCGCCACAAAAACAUGAAAGUCAAGUUGAUCAUAAAAUUGGGUUCGGAGGCAAAUUUGGUGUACAAAAAGACCGAAUGGAUGCUUCUGCUGUUGCCUACGACGAUGGGGAAAAACAAAAAGUAGGCACAAAUUAUACCAAGACUAAACCCGUUAUCGAAGGAGUUAAACCCUCCAAUUUACGUGCUAAAUUUGAAAAUCUAGCCAAAAUGACAGAAGAGGAAAAUCGUAAAAAGGCUGAAGAGCAAAAACGAUUACGCGAAGCUAAAGAUAAACGCGAUCGUGAAGAGGCAGCCAAAAAGGUUGUGGUGGAAAAUCAACCUUUACCCCAAGCUGAUGAAGCAAAACAACCACCACCAAAGGGUGCUCGAUCGACCAUAGUCACUGGACGUGAAGGCGGCAUUGGUAAUGCCAUUAGCGCAUUUAAUCAAAUGCAAUCGCCUACAAAGGAGGAGGCGCCAGUUGUUCGCAAAGAACCAAUACACAUUCCCAGAGAACCCGUUAAGAGCGUAGUCAAUGAAAGUGAACCGAAAUUAGAGGAAAAACAACCACCUGUAGUGCCAGUAGAGCCAAAGGUAGAUGUCAUUGCUGCUCCUGUGGAACAAGAGGCCCCUAAAGCUGUUGCCCCACCACCUGAUCUGAUACCAUCUAUUGAAAUAGAUACAGUAGCGACACCACCCCAAAUACACUCCCCAGAGCCUGUGGAGACAGUUGCUGAAUCAGUUCCUGCUGUUGUUGAAGAGCCCCUAUAUCAAAAUCAAGCUGAAGUGCAACAAUCUAUUACAGAAGCUGCAGCAGCACAACAACAGUCUGAAGUUGAAGAUACCCCAGAAGUUGUAUCUGCUACUUCCGAAAAUUUAGCAGAUUACAUUGAAGACACAAAUAUUCAUGCGAUUGCUUUGUACGAUUAUCAGGCAAAUGAUGAUGAUGAAAUUUCAUUUGAUCCGGAUGAUGUUAUUACCCACAUUGAAAUGAUUGAUGAAGGUUGGUGGCGUGGUCUGUGUAAAAAUCGUUAUGGUCUUUUCCCAGCUAACUAUGUGCAAGUUAUAAAUAAUAAAAAUGAUUCCUAA